AUGCCAGCGAUGAAGUGUGGGUAUACGCCGGGGUUAGCGUAUAAUAUCGCUUAUACGCACUUCCAGGAGGAGGAAUACGAAGAGGCGGCUCAGUUGAUUUCGGAUAUCAUCGAGCGCGGCGUGAAGGAGCACCCGGAGUUGGCGAUUGGCAUUAACGCUCGA